CACAUGGUCGUCACUUUUGGUGUUUGAUUAAAUGCUUUAGCUUUUGGGUAUCAAAACCUCCUCCCUGUCUCUUAUUGUUUCUUCUAUUCAUCCUCUCCCCCAUUGCAGGAUGGAAGGACAGCCAUCUUUUUUCCCCUCUGUUAGCAGCACUCCUUCCUCUUCCUUUUCUUCUCCCACCGCUUCCUCCUCCUCCCACUCGACCACCAUUGUCAUGGCCGAAACGCCACCGUCACCUCCUCAGCGAGAACAGAAGAAGACGAAGACCUUUGAACUGACGGCGCACUCCAUAUUUUAUGUCAAGCCCACCGCCGUGCACGCCUUGAAACUCCUCCUCAACCAAUGCCGGCCCUCCCAACCGACGCAUUACAUCCUCCGCGACGUCUCCCUCACCGCCCGCCCCGGCGAGCUGCUCGCCGUCGUGGGUCCCAGCGGCGCCGGUAAGUCCACGCUCCUAGACAUCCUCGCCGCCCGCACCGCCCCGACCGCCGGCUCCCUCCGCCUCAACUCCUCCCCCCUCCACCCGGCCUCCUUCCGCCGCCUCUCCGCCCACGUCCCCCAGCACGAUGCUUCCCUCCCACUCCUCACCGUCGCCGAGACCUUCGCCUUCGCCGCCCGCCUCCUCCUCCCCCGCCACGCCUCCGCCUCCGCCUCCGCUGUCAUCGCCUCCCUACUCGCCGACCUCCGCCUUUCCCACCUCGCCCACACCCGCCUUUCCGGCAACCUUUCCGGCGGGGAGCGCCGCCGAGUUUCCAUCGGCCUCAGCCUGCUGCGCGACCCUGCGGUGCUCCUCCUCGACGAGCCUACAUCCGGCCUCGACAGCUCAUCGGCGCACCUCGUCCUGCAGUCCCUACGGAGCGUCGCUGCCUCCCGCUCCACCACCAUCAUCCUUUCCAUCCACCAGCCCAGCUCUCGCCUUCUUUCCUCCAUUGACUCCCUCCUCCUCCUCUCCAAAGGCUCCGUCAUCCACCACGGCUCCCUCUCCUCCCUCGACCACUUUCUCCUCUCCGCCGGCUUCUCGGUCCCCUCCCAGCUCAACCCCCUCGAGUUCGCCAUGGAAGUGCUCCACCAACUCCCCCACCCGACCACCACCCUUAAAGCACAACGAGCUUCCUCCACCAAGUUGAUAGAACCGAAGAUCCAAGAAGAAGAAGAAGAAGAAGACAUCACAGUCCACUAUUCCAGUUCUCGAGUUCGAGAAAUCCUGACGCUCUACGGCCGCUGCUGGAAGCUCGUGUUCCGCACCAAACAGCUCCUCCUCGCCAACACUAUCGAGGCGCUCAUCGUCGGCUUCCUCCUGGGCACCAUCUACAUCAACUUGAGCUUCGACGACGAGGGCAUUGGCAAACGGCUCGGCCUGUUCGCCUUCACUCUCACCUUCCUACUCUCCUCCACCACCGAGACGCUCCCCAUCUUCGUGGGCGAGCGCCCCAUCCUCCUCCGCGAUACCUCCUCCGGCCUCUACCGCCUCUCCUCCCACCUCGUCGCUGGCACGCUCGUCUUCGUCCCCUACCUCCUCGCCAUCUCCCUCCUCUACGCCACCUCCGUCUACUUCAUCACCGGGCUCUGCGCCUCGUGGGCGGCGUUCACCGACUUCGUUCUCAUCGUCUGGGCCCUCGUCCUCACUGCCAACUCCUUCGUACUCUUCGUCAGCUCCCUCGCGCCGGACUACAUCGCCGGCACGUCGCUGGUCACGGUGUCGCUGGCGGGCUUCUUCCUCUUCUCCGGUUACUUCAUAGCAAAGGAGAACAUGCCGGAGUACUGGGUCUUCGUGCACUACUUAUCUCCAUACAAGUACGGGCUGGACGCGCUGCUGGCCAAUGAGUACAGCUGUCAAGCGAACCGGUGCUUCGAGUGGGCCGGCAAGGAGAUGGGAGGGGGGUGUUUGGCGACCGGAAGAGAUGUGCUGGCGAGGCGAGGCUUGAGGGAGGGAGAGAGGUGGGCAAACUUGCAGGUUCUCUUUGGGUUCUUCGCGUUCUACCGCGUCCUCUACUGGAUCGUUCUCCGGAGGAGGGCCUCCAUGUCCAAGAAAUGAUCCAAAGAUGGAAGCUUGGCUCCUCAUCAAGUUGCAGGAGUAGUGUAUGGUAUAUCCUCAAGUACGUACGUGCAUGUGUUCCACUGUCUUCUUCUCACGUUCUUCUUCUUCCAUCUGUAACCUAAACCUGCAACUAAGAUCUUUAACUAUCGUGCUGUCAAGGGUUUGCUUCGUGUUCUUAGCUUCAUCUUUGGAGGCAAACUAACCCAUAGAAACUGUUUACUGAACCCUAAGAAGGAGCACCGGACAGCUGCAGAGGCAACCGUGAGCGGGCAACCAUGUCGUCUCCCUCCACCACAUCACCACAUGGUGCUGGGGCCAUCCAUGGCUCCCACUGCGACCUAAUCGAAGGAGAAGGGCGAGGCGACGGUGUCCCGUCCUCUGUUCCCUUCUUGGGAUGUGCGCAGAGCUCACGGGUUCUUUGGGCGCAUCUGCGUCAUGUGAACUUUGGCCGUGUCCUCUCUGUCGAGCUCGUUGUCGUGCUUUCCAUCUCUGUUCGUGAAGCCGAAUCAUGCAUCCACUGUGGUCUACAUCAUCGGUUCUUCCGUCUCCCAAUAGAGAUGCACUCAUUGCAGCGUCCAUUCUCGCAUGUUUGUGAGAAACGAAUUCUCAUACGAUCACAUAAGACUGGUUUUGCUAUUUGUUUCGAGGAAGAAAAAUGAAAAUUUUAUUUAAUAAUUAAUUAUUACGAUUAUUAAUUAUUUAAGAAAUAAUAAAGGCAAUGCAUAGACAGAUGAGACCAGUAGGACUGAACAAAGAGACAGGUGGCGAUAAGUUACCAUCCUAAUCCCGCCUGCUUCGUCUCGCCUUGCAAUUCAUCCCUCCUUUGCUCGAUCAAUGCGUCGUGGUUUCGUUAAUCUGGCGCUCCGCCCCUGGCGAUCGAUCGCUCCCGGUUCGAACGACAAUGGAUGAUUUAGGGGUUGAGCUUGUAAUCGGCUAUUAGAAUUGUGGGUGGAUGUGGAAUUAGGGUUUUGGCAAGGGGACAUUGAAGGGAACAUUUGGAGGAGCUACUGAGGACCGGGCAGCGUACACUUGCCGGUGCUUCGAUCGGAGUGAUGCUCUCCGCUUUUGGAUUCUCCAACUACACCGAUUUCUGGUAACAGCGACUCUUUCACUUGCGGCGGCAUGCUCUUCAGCAGGUGUGACUGUUUUAUUUGUGAAGGAUGUGAAUUUUUGCUCGAAGUAUCAUGAGUUUUCAUGUGGCAGAUACCAAAUCUCCACUGCAAUGGCUUUUAUCACAUGUUUGUUACCCGCCAAAACUUCGCUGCUAAUGUUUUGGAUCCUGGCAUCUGUUUGACCAUACUUGUACAUCCUUCAUUGUAACACUAGUUUCUGUAAAACUAAAUCAGUAACUAGAGUAGCUUUCCUCCCCUUUUCUAAUCCUUUUGUGGGGGCUGAGGGAAUGUGAAUGAGUUGUAAUGUGUUCCUUAAGUAGUUAAGAUGAUUUGAUUGUUCUGUAAGCCAAUAAAAUUCAAGCCUUUUUGAAUUUUUAUACAGUAUUUCAGCUGUUGUUCUAAUUUGUUGUAUUCUGUUAUAUGACACUGCAGUUUCUUUAUAUACACCCUCUUCCAUUUUUCUUUUUGAACUUUCCAGUUGACCACUUGCAGCACGAUGAACCAACACAAUGGUUCCUAGACCUAUUGUUCCUCCUUUCUACAGGUUCCUGUUACUGUGCUUUGAUGAUGAUCAACACUCCCUGCCUGGAUUGAUCACAGCUUCCUUUCUUCUUCAGUAUCAUUUGUCUGUACCUGAGCAUGUUGAGAAACUUGUCAGUGAGUUGAGACACAUUAUAAGAAGAUGGAUGUUAAAAUUAAGGUUGUUUUUCUCCUAAUUCAUGGGUCCACAUUUUUUAGUAGAUAGGUGGAAAGUAAUCCAUUAUAUGUUCAUCUUUUUGUUGAUUUGGAGCCAUCUGAAAAUUACUCUUUUUAUAUUUUCCUCGUAUCCUUGAAUGAUUCCUUUUAUCAUCUUGCACAUGCAACUUCCAGGAGAACAAAAUUUCUUAUUCCAUGGGGAAAGAACAUUUGUACCAGCAUUUUGCAUUCCCUUCAUUUUUGUGAGUUCUGUGCCACCAUCUAAUAAUCCUGUAUCGUGAUUUCUUUUGUAUUUGUUAGAUUUCAUUCCUUACUGAUUGAGAAUGAGAUAAUAUUACUGAGAACUCUUUGAUGAUGGUAUAGAGUACACUCUUUGCUGAAAUCUGCUAUAGUAGAAAAAACUAAUUAUUCCUGACAAUUUGGUACAUGAAGAUAGCAUCACAGGAUUAAACUUCUUCUGUUGCAUCAGUAACUACAAACUUAUAUUUCUACUGUCAUGACAUCCAACUAUGUUUUAACAUUCUUUUACGUUCCUGCAUCAAGAAAGAAGUUGCAUGUUCUCGACUCUUCCAGUUGCACCAAGACAACCAGGUUGGCCUUGCUCACCUUUGUGAUCUUCGGACGAGCUGAUGCCAGGUGGUUCGCCAGACUAACUUUGUUGCAGCUGGAGCAGGUGCUGGUGGUGACGUCGAGAAGCCUUUGAUACCUGAAGAUGACCGGAGUCCGCUGGAAUCACUGAGCAGUCGCAUGUAAUAAGCUGAAGAUACGGAUGCUGGGAAGCUUGUGCAAUUCUCUUGAAGGGAAAAGAGGGAGAGGGGGUUCGCAUAAAAGGAAGAGCCGGUUGAGGCUACAUGAGGUACAGUACUGUUUGCCACUGCUCAAGCAGUAAGCCUAGCAACUGUGAAGUCAGGAAAGCGACUUCAAAACAAUACAAACAUGGUAGAAGGAGAAGUUGAUUAGGAAAGAUUAAUUGGGUUGGUGAUCCAGUUUCAACUCUUUCUUCAUGGAUCACUCACGACCUCCCUUCAAGAGGCUACCGGCCAAUUUUAUGAUCUCCACAAUUUGGGGAGGUGUUCCUCUCAAUGGCAUCCUCAGACAACAUGGGAUACUAUAAAUGUAUAAUGGAUGACACUGUAAAUGUCGAAUGGAUUAGAGUCUGUUAUACAAGUUGAAUGGGAGAAUUGAAUGUGAUGUUAUAACCAUGAAGAGAUAAAACUGAAAUGGCAAGACUCUUCAUGACUGAUGUUGUAUAAUAUUUCUGAUGUGUUUAGUAGUAAAGUAUAAGGGAUAAGACACCUCUCUGGGUGGGGAAGAUUGUUCUGCA